AUGAAAGUCGAUAAUCAGACCAGAUGGAUAGCGCUGGACUACGCCGCAAGUUCGUUAUACAAGGUGAUCGGAGAAGGUAGUUUUAAAAGCACAAGUGCCGGGAAGGAAGCCUGGAAAUCUCUCAUCAAUGGUUCAGCUUUACAAGAAAAUUGUAACAGAGAAGGAUUUAAUAUCAAAGUGGGCUCAGGAUCAGGAUAUUUUUCAAGCUAUAUUCAUCUCCGGAUUGGUGUCAUGGCAAACAAUGAAAAUGACUGUGUUUCUUGUGAUACGUGCAUUGGUUUUGGUACCUCAGCUGGGUGUCAUGACGAAAUGAGAAUGACGACAUGCGGUAAUAUGGCCAUUUGUACUUACCUAAACAACAAAAACACACCGGCUUUUGGAUUUAUUCUUGUACAGUAG